AUGAAGCUCCUGCUGAUUGCCGUCGUUAUUUCUAUUCACACAACAGGGCUCUUGACAACAGCACAAGCGAAAUGUGAACCCCGGUACAAUGGCGGUUAUGGAGGUGGCAGAGGAGGAAACGUUAUACCAAACUGGACUUUUAAUCCCCGAACCAAUCACUGCGAAGCAAUUAUGACGAAAGGGCGCUGUCAUUCUUCACAGAACUGCUUUCCAUCUGAGGACGAGUGUGAAUUCGAAUGCGAUCCAGAGACGCAGUUGUUCAAGGAAAUCCUUCAAGGUUGA